CAGAAAUGUACGAUUAAACCAACGUUUCUUUGGAUUUGUGUAUAUUUUGUUGUAAUUUACAGGUAACUGGCUGCCAGUAAAACAGUGAAUGUGUGUGUUGCUGUUCUAAUGCGGUGUGUGUGUGUUUUUCUCCAGGACGGCUCAUGCCAGGACGAAGGGAGAGGCAGCAGACCAGGCAGCUCUCUCUGCCGGACAGGAUUGUGACAUCGCUAGGGCUGUCGCUAGGGAGCUGUCCCCAAAUUUCCACCAACCAGGUCCUGAUUAUAUCAAGCAGGCGUUCAUGGAUCCAGUGGAGAUCCCCAAGGAUCCUCCUGAAGAGAAGGAGAAAGACAGCCCUACCAGCCCUGCCAAGACCCCCGGGCCCACCCCUCCCCCCUCGCCCCACAGCAAGAAGAGACAGCACAGCAACAGCGUCUCCACCUCCGCCUCCCGCAAGACCAGCAAGGACGAAUCAUCACACAGCCGCAAGGUCAGCAAAGAGGAGAAGCCGGGCCUUAAGAGCAGCAAGGACGAAUCAUCACACAGCCGCAAGGUCAGCAAAGAGGAGAAGCCAGUCCGUAAGAGCAGCAAGGAAGAGCGGACGAGCAGGAAGUUGAGUAAAGAGGAGAGGGUGUCCAUCGCUGCCGAGCCGCCCACAGCCGCUGCUCCCUCUUCCCAUGUAAUACACCAGGAUGCUUCAGCCAAAUCCCCCAAGACCCCAGAGCCCGGCCCCACCAACGUACCACCUCCCCAGGCUGCUGCUCCGCAGACGGUGGCGGGUCCUGGUAACGGAAUGGGACAGCUCCACUCCCAGUAUCAUAGCUACUACGUCAAAGCCCCCUCCAGGGGACCCUUGCCCCCGGAACCUGAGCCUGAGGAGGACGAGGAGCCCAGUCAACUGACCCUGGCACGGAUGGCCCCGCCACCCCCCAAGUCGUUCCGGAAUUUCAAUCUCAAGCCGACGCCCACAGGUGAGCAGAGCAAACUCAGGAAGCAGGAUUCGCUGAAACCAAAGAGCCUGGCAGAGACCAAGAAGGCCAGUAUGGAGAUGGCUGACGGGCGGGGCGAAGAGAAUGCUCCUAACUCUAUCCUGGUUGCUAUGGUGAUGCUGUUGAAUAUCGGCCUAGCCAUCAUAUUUGUCCACUUCCUGACAUGAUGGUCCUGUGUCUCAGUGAUGCCGUGGCAACUGGUGCAGUUGCGUCUCCAGCCUUUUAAAAAUCAAAAUGGUGUCAGUCAGACUCGGAAGCGGCCACAGGAGCAUGGACAUCAGCUUUGUGACACAGGAGAGAAACAUGAGAGGCAGGAGAGAAGGACCCGCAGGCUGUCCUGGGCCGUCUACAGACCUGCCUGAUCAUAAUACUCUCCUCUGGGUUCUGUUAAAGAACAACAUGAUAUGUCUGAGGGAGAAAAACAGUACAACAGAAAAAGUAAACACAAACACAAACAUACGAACACACACACACGAACACACACACACGAACAUACACACACGAACACACACACACACGAACAUACACACACGAACACACACACACACACACACACACACACACACACAGGAAAAUAUGAAGUAUGAAGAAAUACACAUGUCUGCUGACCCAAGCAGUGAGCUCUCUGCUCGUGCAAGGCCACUCCUUCUGUUUUUUCAAAUCAAAUCAAAAUUUUAUUGGUCACAUACACAUAUUAGCAGAUGUUAUUGCUGGUGUAGCGAAAUGCUUGUCCUGUCCUUCUGUCCUAUCCUGGCAGGAACACAGAGGGACUGACUGACUGACUAACUUUAACUGGGCCAAUGUGGAGAUGCACUUAUAGAUGACAGGAGCUAACAGCUGCCUUACUAUUUUACCCUCUGACGUCUUCAUGGGGAGAUGUAAGCACGGCAAGGCCAGAGGACUGAGAGAGGUGCACGUUCCAACGUUCCCACAUUCUGAGUUCUGAGGUUCCAGUGUUCUGAGGUCCCAUUGUUCUGAGGUCCCAUUGUUCUGAGGUCCCAUUGUUCUGAGGUCCCAGUGUUCUGAGGUCCCAGUGUUCUGGGGUCCCAGUGUUCUGAGGUCCCUGUGUUCUGAGGUCCCUGUGUUCUGAGGUCCCAGUGAUCUGAGGUCCCAGUGAUCUGAGGUCCCAGUGUUCUGAGGUCCCAGUGUUCUGAGGUCCCAAUGUUCUGAGGUCCCAAUGUUCUGAGGUCCCAGUGUUCUGAGGUCCCAGUGUUCUGAGGUCCCAGUGUUCUGAGGUCCCAGUGAUCUGAGGUCCCAGUGUUCUGAGGUCCCAAUGUUCUGAGGUCCCAGUGUUCUGAGGUCCCAGUGUUCUGAGGUCCCAGUGUUCUGAGGUCCCAGUGUUCUGAGGUCCCAGUGUUCUGAGGUCCCAGUGUUCUGAGGUUCCAGUGUUCUGAGGUUCCAGUGUUCUGAGGUCCCAGUGUUCUGAGGUUCUAACCAUCCCUUGCUGCAGGAAAGCGGAUGCAUCGAACGUUAGCUGUCAGUGCUAGCGCGGUCACACGCCAGUCUUACUCUGUUAACGAAUAACCAUUCAUCACAGCUUCCUUUAGCUCCUCCCACCUUCACCCAGGAGACCCUUCUUUGACACUCCCUGUGCAUUUUGUUGUUGUAGCUUUAGUUUUUUGUUUCUUUAUGUUGGUUACCUGCAGUUAUAGACUAGUUAAAAGGAAGGAAAACUAAUACGGAGAGCCCUUUUUAUUUUUGGACUAAUCAUAAUGAUUUUAUUUCAUCAUAAUGAGAGAAUUCUGUCCUAAUUUUAUUAAAUGUGCAAUAUGAUUUAUUUUUUUAAAGAAAGAAUAUAUAUUUUGCCAACAAAAGGUCUAGUCUAUUGAGCAUUUUAACUGUUUUAAAAUCUGUUUAUUUUAUUGUAUCAUACAACAGGAAAGACAAGCCUAAUUUGACUAGAUGGGGGGGGCAAGCAGAUUGACAGUAGGAUUUGAGGAAAGAAGCCACACUGUGUAGCAAGCCUAAGCUAGCUCUAUGUGACUGAAAGAUGAAAAGUCUUAUAAAUUAUGUCAUUUAUUGAAUCAAAGGAUUACAUUAUUAUUAUUAUUAUUAUUAUUAUUAUUACACAAUUGUGCAUGGGAUUUCGUUGACAAGUUACUUUAAUUAUCUUCUUUGCUUCUCAUGUUAAAACCACUAAGCUGUGAAGAGGAGGGAAAAUCAGUUGGUUUAGUCAAAUUAAAAAACACCUAUUGUUA